UGUGAAAAGGAGCGAGAAUUGCAGAAACAUAGCUAAAACCCAGAAGAGUAUUUUUCUUCCUCCCAACAAGACCAAACUAGAGAACAAGUAACCAUAAAAGGCAAACAGAGUGUGAGAGAGAGAGAGAGAGAUUCACAAGUUUACUUACCUUUUUCUUUUUUACUCUAAAGUUAUGAUUUUUAUCUCUCAGACAGCAUUUUCCUCUGUCUUUUUCUCUUUGUGAUUUUCUCUUCUUCCCAUUUUGGUUUUGGGUUUUCCGAGAAAACCAAGCUACAAAAGAAGGGAUCGAGAAGCUUAAAAACCAAAUCAAGAAGAAACCUCUGAGCUAAAGGUUUUUCGUUUCCUCCAAAGAUAAGUGAUGGCUGAGCCGACCAAACUAAGACUAGUUCGUUGUCCAAAGUGCGAGAAUCUCUUAUCAGAGCCUGAAGAUUCCCCUUUCUUCCAAUGCGGUGGCUGCUUCACCGUCCUUCGUGCAAAAAUCAAGGAGCGUGAAGUAGAUUCGGUUUCAGACAAGUCCGGGGAAGAUAAAGCCAAACCAGUUUCGGUUAACUCUUCUACUAGCUCCCCUGAGAAAGCUAGUCAAACCUCCUCAUCUGACUCUGAUGUUAUUACACCAACCUCUCCUUCUUUGAGACACCAGCUAACCAUCCCAGUCGCCGUCGAGAGUGAUCCCGGUUCAAAAACCAAAGCUUUUGAUGCAGCCGUUAACAGCUCUACGUUAUGUGAUAAAGAUGACCCUAAAUCUCAAUCCGGGAGACAAGAAUCCGGUUUAGAUCGGUUUAGGAAAAGAACAACCAAGAGAUGUGACUCUGAUGGUGUCAUCAACAACAACAGACUGUCCACUUCAAUGUAUCCUCCUCAACUCUCUGAUGAGGGCACUUCUUCUGGUCCUAACGACCAGAGCCGUGAAGCUAUCGAGCAAGACCGAGCUGGACUUCUCAGACAGUUGGAUAAACUCAAAGAACAGCUCGUUCAGUCUUGCAAUGUCGCUGGUGACAACAAACCUAAAGAACAGGUUCUUCCUCCUAACAAGGCUCCUCCGGUUCGGUUUUACAGUUCCGGAACAGGUCCUUCUUAUUACCAUCCUGAACCUUACAACAAUGAUGUCUCUAUGCACCAACACCAUCAUGGUCUGAUGCAUCCUUCUUAUGGAAGAGGACCUCCUCCUCCUUACUUCUCCGGAGGAGGAGGACAGUAUCUUGGUAAUAAUAACAACGAUCUCUUCGACGCAUACCCUCAGCAAAACGGGCCGUUUCAUCACUCCUCUUGCACUUGUUACCACUGUUGGAGAGGUUCGGUGAUCCCUGACGCACCUUACAACGCUGGCUUUUAUCCUCCUGAGAGCGUUAUGGGUUUUGCUCCACCGCAUAACCCUAGAACCACCUACCCUGCUGCUGCUUCUCGUGGUCUUCUGCAUCAUCAUCAGCCUCCUCAUGGAAGAUGGCCUCAGAUUGACUCUCUUUCGCGUAUUCGUCCUGCUAAGGUUGUGUUAUCAGGUGGAUCUCGUCAUAUCCGCCCCUUGGCAGGUGGUGCUCCGUUCAUAACGUGUCAGAACUGCUUUGAGCUUCUUCAGCUGCCGAAGAAACCUGAAGCUGGAGGUGGAGGUGGAGGAGGUGGGAAGAAAGAGAUGAAGAUGAGGUGUGGCGCGUGCUCUUGUUUGAUUGAUCUGUCUGUUGUGAACAACAAGUUUGUUCUCUCUGCAGCAAACAACGCAGCUCCAACGAGACAAGGAGGAGAUGCUUCUCGUGUGGCUGCGGACUACACUUCUGACGACUAUGAUCUUCUUGGUUACGUGUUUCAUUCGUUAGACGAUGAGCCAGAUAAGUCUCAAGACGUGCAGAUCGUUCGUUCUCAUUCCGCUAGCCUCUCGGAGGACGACGAGCUAAGCUCAGACAGUCUAACAGCUAAACCACUUGGCUCCUCGCCUCUUCACGAGAACUUUGUUAACUACUCUUCAAUCAACCACGAGAGAUCUGGAGCAGGAAGCCGCAGCUUUAGUUCGGAACAGGAGAGGGUGACGCUGAGUAAGACGAUGAGACAGAACUCCAUGAAGGAGGUCUCGCUUGCAAGUGAGAUGGAGGUUUCUUUCAACGACUACUCUCAUCACAACGGUGGAGUAUCUAAAGAUCAUCAACAUCAUCAAAGAUCAAAGAAGAACGGGUUCGCCAGCAUUGUGAAGAAGAGCUUCAAGGAUCUGACCAAGUCUAUUCAGAACGAUGAAGGGCACAGAAGCAAUGUUUCUAUAAAUGGACAUACUUUAACAGAACGUAUGCUGAGAAAAGCAGAGAAGCAAGCCGGAGCCAUUCAGCCAGGAAACUACUGGUAUGAUUACAGAGCUGGAUUCUGGGGAGUUAUGGGAGGUCCAGGUCUUGGAAUAGUACCGCCAUUCAUAGAAGAGCUGAACUUCCCAGUGCCAGAGAACUGUGCAGGUGGAACUACAGGAGUGUUUGUGAACGGAAGAGAGCUUCACCGUAAAGAUUUGGAGUUGCUUGCGGGUAGAGGUUUACCUCCAGACAGAGAUAGAUCAUACAUUGUCGACAUUACUGGUAGAGUUAUAGAUGAAGACACUGGUGAAGAGCUUGAUUGCCUUGGCAAACUUGCCCCCACGAUUGAGAAGUUGAAGCGUGGGUUUGGGAUGAGAUGUCCAAAGAGAGCUACGUGAAGGAGAGAUGCUUGUGGAGCAAGGCAUCUAUAGAUUUGUCAAAAGGAAGGAAAGUUAUGGAAUUUGUUAAGACACUAGUAAUUAGUAUUAUUUAGUUAUUUUUCUCCAUAACUAGUUGUUAGCUGGUAUCAUGUUGAAAUCUAAGAACAUAUAAUAUCUCCGGUCGUCUUUUUUUUUUAUGUCAACGAAAAGCUUGCCAGCUCAA